ACCGAGCCAUUCUGCUGUUGUUAUGCUGCGAACGCUGUCAGCUACAAUUCGUCGCGUUCGGUGAGCUUAGUGAGAAAGUAAGGAGCUGGGGAGAAGGAUGUCGCACAUCCGCUUCUAAAACGGUACGGAAUCAUAAUCAAUAAGCUGCGCGUCUUAUCAAAUUUGAACGUUGUUUGGGGAAGAGCGCUGUAUGCAAUCGAGUGGCUGCUUACUGGUGCUGUUGUUAUUAUUGGCAUGGUUAAACAAUUAAGCAAAUUUAGCGGCUCAGUUUUGCGCUGACUCGUUUGAGUUGAGUAAGCGCGAUUCGAUAGGCCGCGCGGUGUUUGUUGGCUGUGUAAAUACAGUGUUUAUGCAUGGUGCUUUCGAUUGGCUUUGGGUACGGGGCUUUUGCUGUUUAUUUUAUUAUUUUAGUGGCAACGGCAAGCCGCUUUUUGUGGCCCCUUGUGAGUGUGGUGGUGAAGUGUGAAGUGGUGUGCUGGAUGUAGAUGCAAGUUUGUAAUACUCUUCUCGAGAGAACUCCGUAGCAGCAGCCUAUCGAUGAUGGUGGCUGAUGCCCUUUGGAUACGUUUAUUUAUGGAUCUGUAGUCAUGUGUUGUUGUAGCCGUUUGGUGCCCGUACUCGAUAUUGUCGAAUGAAAUUCUGUUUACAGAACAUGUAUUGUAUAUGAUUCGCAGCUUUUUUUUUGAGUGACCAUCUACGUAAUGCGGAAGACCAUGACCGAAAGUGGACCUUGAAUCGCCUUAUUGGGGUUGUGGUUUUCAAGAUCAUUUGGGCAUAGACAUUUCACAGAUAUGAUGAACAAUCCGAGCUAUGAGCAAUCGAUAGGCCUCCAGUGAUAGUAAGUGGCUGGCAGUAGGAGCGGAAAUUGAUAUUCCUCCGGCAUCGCACCUUUACCAUUGAUCGGCGCACAAAUCGCACCAGCAGAGUGACAUUAAAAAGCACAGCAGGCCGACUGACAGUGACGCGGCGGUAGGGUGGGGCCGUUCGCCGGCCGCAUGUGAGGGGGCGUAUGUGUGAGAGAGCGCGCGCGUAUGAUAGCUAUUUGCCGGAUCGCAGUAUUUUUUUUAUCGAAUAUUCAUUCCGAAUGACAUCAUUACAACAGCCAUUCAGUCAGUAAAGUGAAAAGCAGUAAAUAACCGCCCCCCAAACCACCCAGCUUUAUCUGUGACUGCGUUGCCGUCUGCUAGUCGUCGAUAUCGUCACGGCAUACUUAGACUCAUAGAUUUUCGCAUAGAGUUCGCACCUCCGCACCGCACUUUAGCGCGAAAACACUGCCGUGGGUAGGGCGGGGAAGUAGUAAUAAUAUGAGCGCCGCCGUCAGCGCCGAACAAACCAUGAUCGGCGACGGUAUCGAUAGACACAAUAACAACAACAGUAAUGGGGAUCGCGAAUCGCGAAACAACAAUGGAACCCACGCGUUCGAGACAAUUUCGGAAUCUACGGCUACGUCGGCCAGCAGUAGUUCCAUCUUCAAGAGCUCGAUGACCACCACCGCCAGCAAUGUGAGCCGAUCCUCUUCCUACCAUUUGCAGCAUCUCAAGAGCGCCUACGGAGCGUCGGAAGAAAUGCUGGAAACGGAAAAGGCCGGUCUGGUGGAGCGCGUAAACGACCUGGAGCGGAUAGUGUUGGAGCAAAAGGAUGAAAUCGUCUGCCUCAAGUCCACCCUAGCCGACGUGCUGCGACGGUUGAGUACCAUCGACAAUAGCUAUGACAACGCUAAGAACAUGACCGAUGGAAGCUCACACAGCGGUUCGGUGAUGUCCAGCAAAAGUUUUCGAUUUUCGCGGAACACUAUCACCAGAUUGAACUCCAGCGUGGAUGAGAAACGAUUCGGGCGAGUACCUUCCAGGGUAACCAGUUCGCCAUCGCGAAACAUGUCGACGGCUAAGGCCAGUAGUUUAGCGCAGAAAGCUAUCCACCAUUCCAACGGUUCGUUGCAUUCCGACUCGAUGAGUAGCCAUUCGAUAUCCCCUGCCCCGUCGCCAUCUCCCAAGCAGCCAAACAUGCAGAAUCUAUCCGCCUCGGUGGUCGGUGCUGGGAUGGGCGGUGGCGGCAUGGGCAAACGGUGGAGUUCUACCGGGGAUUUUGUCAGUGGAUCGCCGGGACCAUCGGUCAGCAGCACUGGCAACAGCAUGUCGCGUUUCUCCACCAAAUCCCUCCUCAACCUGAACAGCAGUCUCAGUGGCGGCGGCUCCAAGCAAACCGGCUCGCAUGCCUACGUUCAACGGCGGGACGACGACGAUUACCUGAAGCUGUACAUCAGCGGCCGUCCAAUAGUGCUACACAUUCCGGAAGCUCAAAUUAGUACGUACGAAACGACCAAGGUCCAACCGGCGCCGAACAAGCGCCUCCGGCUGGACUGGGUCUACGGGUAUCGGGGUAAGGACUGUCGGUCGAACCUUCACCAGCUACCGACGGGGGAGAUGGUGUACUUCGUCGCAGCGGUGGUCAUCCUGUACAACAUGGACGAGCAGUCCCAGCGACACUACGUUGGCCAUACGGACGAUGUCAAGAGCCUUGCUGUCCAUCCCAACAAGCUGUUGGUGGCGACGGGACAGUGUGGAGGUCAUGAUGGCCGAGACACACUUCCGCAUAUACGGAUCUGGAACUCCGUGUCAUUGGCAACGUUGAACAUAAUUGGAUUAGGGGACUUCACUGGAGCGAUCAACUGUUUGUCGUUUAGUCGAGCAGAUAGUGGAACGAUUUUAGCGGCGAUCGAUGAUUCACCCGACAAGAUCAUUUCAAUUUGGGACUGGCAGAAGAAGGAAAACGGAAGAAGAAUCACGGAAACUAAAUGCUCGGUGGACACAAUUGUGGCUGUAGAAUUCCAUCCACUGGACAAGGGACAGAUCAUUACGAUCGGGAAGAAUCAUAUCGCGUUCUGGUCGUUGGAUCAGAACGGCAUGUUGUACAAGCGGAUGGGAGUGUUUGAGAAUCGAGAGAAGCCUAAAUACGUUACAGCAAUAUCGUUUACUCCGGUGGGAGAUGUGGUGACGGGAGACUCAAAUGGAAACAUUUCCAUAUGGCCUCGGGGAACGAACGUGAUCAGUAGAUUUUUGAAGAAAGUUCACGAAGGAUCAAUUUUCUCGAUUUGUUCUUUGCGAAACGGCGGGUUCGUUUCAGGUGGCAAGGAUGGACGACUGGUUCUGAUGGAUGAUUCGAUGCGUUUAAAGUCGGAGCAAUUGGUGGAAGCACACUUUGGAGCGGUCAGAGUAGUCACUCAAGGCAAGGGUUCACAACUGCUUAUUGGAACAACGAAAAAUUGUAUUUUAUCCGGUGAUUUUACACUUGGACUCGUGCCGAUAGUGAUGGGUCAUACCGAUUUGUUGUGGUCACUAUCUUCCCACCCUCAAGUGGCUCAGUUUGUAACCGGUGGACGAGAUCGAUUACUACAAUUGUGGGAUUCUUUAUCCCAUUCGGUAGUAUGGAGUAAAGAUAUUGGCGAACCCAUUCAAACGGUGCAAUUUUCGAACACCGGAGAUACAAUCAUCGUUGGGGGUGUUGGUGGCCGGUGGAUGGUUUUCGAUACUGUCACAAGAGAACUGUUGGCAGUCUAUCAGGAUGGGCAGGAUGGUAUCCAAACGAUGAAAUUCUCUCCGGACAGCAACUUGCUAGCUCUAGGUUCGAAAGAUGGUGGCAUCUACAUCUAUCAAUGCACUAAAGUACCUCAUCGGUUCUCCAAAAUUGGAAAAUGCACGGGUCAUUCGAGCUUUAUUUCCCACAUUGAUUGGUCAAAGGACAGCACAGUGCUGAGAUCAAACUCUGGAGAUUACGAACUACUCUACUGGAAUCCAACUCUCUGUCGCCAAAUAACCACCCAGAGCUCAGUCAAAAACCUGGAAUGGGCCACCCAGUCGUGCUCGGUGUGUUUCGAAACGGUAGGCAUUUGGCCUGAGAACUUUGACGGUACGGACAUCAACAGUGUUUGCAAAGACAGUGCCGAACAAUUCCUGGUCACAGCCGAUGAUACCGGCAAGAUUCGUCUGUUCAACUAUCCGGCGUCACAACCAAAGUCAUUGUCGCAUGCCUACCGAGGUCACAGCAGUCACGUAACGGCUGUGAAGUUUAUGCAUGAUGGCGUUCGGCUGCUAUCCGCCGGUGGAUUGGACACAAGUGUACUUCAGUGGCGCGUGGUCUAGCCUGCCGGUCUACUUAUUCUAAUGCAACAAAAACGACGACAAAAAAAAAACAACAAAUAACUCAGUACUAAUUGUUACAUUAGUAUUUGAAUAACACCAUAUGCCUCUUUAUUUAUUAGUUUCUACACUGUUUAGUCGAUGCGAAUGAACAAAAAUUGUGCAAGUUAAUAUACACUUCCUUCCCUCUACUAAGUGAUACAACAGUUGUUUAAUAUUAUUCUAACAGUGCGCAUUUUAGAGCAGGCAAUAAAUUAUUGAUCUUUUUAAUUCGAUAAUGA